UAUAAAUGUUUUAAUCGUUGACGAGCGUCCGGAGUGACAGGUACAAGUCAGUUCAACAGUUGAAUUUGCGUGUGUUUUGUCAACCGAUUGUGUUUUGUCCAUGAAUGACCACCGCUGUGUCGGUGUGAGUCGGAAGCUAGCAAGAAUUUGAGUUGAUAGGCCGAAGAUGAGCAUCUUUCAAGACAGAGCAAAACAUUUGGUGGCCGCUUACGGUCGCGCGUUGGAGCAGCAGAUCUUGAAGCGAGGCUCCUACCUGGCGUGUGCAAACGAGGAGCUGUGGAAGCAGGUGGAGGAGCUGCUGAAGGAGGAGAAUGCUCAACAGAUGCACUGCUUGGGCCUGGAGACCCUCAAGGUGAUGGAAGAGUCGCUCAGGAUGGGCGCCGCGUCAACAAAAACACAGAGAGCCAGUAGCGGCAAACACGUGAAAGCAAGAGGAGGCUUGCAAGGUCUUGGGAAAGCGUUUGAGGUUCUGGAACAAGCUGGUCUCAACCUGUACCUUGGCCACUGGAGGGAGGAGUACAAAGAAGUCAAGAUGUACUCCGGCAUGUUCACGCACUACAUCAAACCCGUGCUGUCCCCCGCCCAGAUUGAGAAACUCUUCGGUUUGUUGGGCUACCAGUACUCCACACGGCGGGAGCAGCUGAAGCUCCAGUCCCUCAGACCCAGCCCAAACGUGUUGGACGAUCUCCUCCGCCUGUCCUGCGCCUUCUUCCUGGCACGCUGCGAGUGCCGACUUCUACUGGCAGCCCUGGAGAAGGGCGGCGGGGACGCCCAGUGGGAGCUGUGUGUGGUGAGGGAGAGACAGCGGGGGCAUAGCCUCAAGGUGGCGCUGGACAACACGAAGAGGACCAUGCGAGUCAAACAGCCGCUGAUGGAGUCUGACGGGGAAUCGGAUGUGGAUCUGUACACAGACAAGCAGGUUAACGGGGGACAGAGCUUGUCGGUCGUCCACGGCGACGACGGCCCCCACAAGCUGGCGCGGGGCGACCACCACAACGGACCCCUGUCCUUCCCGGCCCCCAGAGAACGCAUUUGCGUCUCCACACUCAACUGCCAGCUCACCAGCGUGUCCGAGUCGGAACCGUUUGGCCGCUCCUCAAUCGGCGAGGAGUCCGUCGACGAGGACCUCCAACCUCGUAGUCUCCAAGCUGAUUGGGUGGCGACGGAAAGCGGUAAAGUCUGCGGUUGCCUCCGCUCCCCCGGCCUCUACCUGAAUCAGUGCAUUGACUGCGACGCUUUCCACGACACUUCCUGCGCCACGCUCGAGCGUUGCUGUCACGAAGGCCACCAAGUGCGGCUCCCCACUAAGAUGAACGAAGCAACAACGGCGUCCAACGUAUCGCCGACCCUCAGCAGCAUCGCGGAGAUGUCGGCAAUGGCGGCUUUGUCCCUGAGCGAUAAGCCCAAACCGCUGAACCCCAUUCACCCGACCAAUCAGCCAAUCGCCUACCACGACUGCUGCGACCUCACCCGCCCCGACCCCCAGCUGGCGUGUCUCACCUGCCGCGUUUUUCACUCGGCGUCCUGCGACGCCGUCGACUUGUGCCAAAUUCAGCACACGCUCAAAACCCUGGCCCGCUGCUCCUGCGGGCGGCCGUGCGCCAGGAAGCCCAUGGUCCUGUGCCGGUACUGUGCCAACGAGUACUGUAAAAACUGCUGGUACAGAAGCCCCUGCAGUUGCACCUGCGGCGAACCACUCGACCAGGUGUCUCCCGUCUGACGUCUUUGCACUCCUUCCUCAUGGUGCCUUCAAGAACAUCCGACGUUCAAACGUUGCCUUAUAGCGGGGGUGUCCAAAGUGCGGAUCUUAUUUGGUCUGCAGCACAUUCUAAAAAUAGAAUUUAUAUCAAAACUGAACAGGAAAAAUUUUUUAAUCAGUAAUUUUACAGGAGGGGCGGCACGGCGGUCUAGUGGUUAGCGUGGUUAGACCUCACAGCUAGGAGACCGGGGUUCAAUUCCACCCUCGGCCAUCUCUGCAUGGAUUUUCAAAUAAAAAAUUAAUCAUGAUUAACCUUUA